AUGCGCGCGUCGAGCGCGUCCUGGCACGUCGAACAGGCGUUAACACCGUGUCGGGAGGCGUGCGAGCGCAGAGGGAAGGCGCGUGGGGCGGCGGCGGUGGCCACGGCGACGACGGCGCUGGAUGAGGCGUUGAGAGUCGCCCGGGAUGGGAGUUUAGAAGCGCUCGCGAACGAUGGGACGUCGGCGUCGACGUCGAGCGAGCGAUUGAACGUUCGGCAGCUAGAUGUGGUGGUGCCAGCGAUCGUGGCGUCGAUGGAGAGCGGGUCCACGAGCGUCAUGAACGCGGCACUGGGGGCGACGCAGUAUCUCAUUGCGCGUGGCAUCGUCGCUGGUUGCGCACGCGCGCCUCCCGGCGAGGUCGAGCGCACGGAGAGCUCGAGCGACGUUUUUAACGUUGAAGAGAUCCCGGCGAACUCCCCGAGCGAGGGUGUCGCGGAGCGGAGCGCGGAGCGAGCUGAGCACGACUCGGAGCGUCACGCCUGGGAUAUCGUCGACGCAAUAUGCGGCGCGGCAGAUGUCCGAGACGAGGCGCUGGAGUUGCAAGUUCUGAAGAGUGUGCUCACGGCCACGAGUAGUAGCACCUUUGAGGUACAUGACAGGGCAUUGCUGCGCACAGUUCGCACGUGCUACAAUAUAUACCUGUCAAGCAAAUCGGAGGUGAAUCAGAACACGGCCAAGGCAACGCUCACGCAAAUGCUCACGACAGUUUUUCAUCGGCUUGAAAGGGAUGAUCCGCAUGCGUCAGCGCCGACAAUCGUCGUUGCUGAUUUGCUCAGACCGAUCGGAUCUUCGACGGACGUCGAUAGUGUCACGACCAUGUCGAAUGCGGUGCAGUCGUUUAUGAACAAAGUGGCGACGGAUAUGAACUCGGUGGGAUCGUUGAGCUACUUCGCAGAUCCGGACACAGCCGUAAAAUCGGAUGCACUAGAGCGAGAGAUUACAGAUGGAGAGUUUGAUCACGACACGGCGCCGAUGACUCCGGUGAAAACGGCCACUCAGGCGCUGGAAGAUGUCUCAUCGCCUAUCACAAAAUCAUGCUUGGGCAACGGAACGUCCGAUCUCGAGCUCGACGCUUUUCUGGUUUUCCGCUCUCUAUGUAAACUUGCGAAAAAACCAGGAUCUGAAUUGAACGGUGCGGCGCUAGUGCGGAGCAAAAUCAUCGCUCUUCAGCUUCUGAAGAUCAUCAUAGAAAACGCAGGACGCGCGUUCUCAUCCAGCCCGCGUUUUGCCAACGUGAUGAGAGAGUAUCUUUGCGACGCAAUCGUUAGCAACUCGACGCCAAACGUGUCGGAGGCGUAUCAGCUAUCUUGUUCGAUCUUUUUGACUCUACUCACUCGAUACAGAGGGUAUCUCAAGGCAGAGAUCGGGUUCUUUUUCCCGAUGCUACUUCUCAAGCCUCUCGAACUCUCAGAGGCAACGCCGCUGAGCGCGUACAGCCAACGCGCGACGCUAGUGAAAGGGUUUCAAAUCAUAUGCGUCGAUGCACAACUCAUGGUCGAUCUUUUCGUCAACUACGAUUGCGAUUUGGACGGGCAAAAUAUUUUUGAGCGGAGCGUCUCGUCGUUGGUGCGCGUGGCCCAAGGGAUCGAUGUCAGUCAGGCGAGCGGGCCCGAUGCCGCUCGCGAGUCGUUGCUCAAGGCGGAAGCGCUCGAAUGUCUGACCACUCUGAUCUCAGCGCUGAACGUAUGGGUCAAAGCGCAUUUCAAUGGGGGUGAGAUCGCGGCAAGGAUGGAAGCAACGGACGAAUCAGAGCCCGGGACGUCGACGUUGACGCCGCUCAAGAUUUCAAACUCAGCGGAAGUGAACCUUGGAGACAGCAUAGCCAAAUUGAAGGCAGACAAACAAGAAUUUCAACACGGAGUUUCUUUGUUCAACAAGAAGGCGAAGAAAGGCCUCGAGUACUUGCAAUCGAUUGGCCGCCUUGGGAAAUCUCACGAGGAAGUUGCUGCCUUCUUGCAGAACACGCCGGGACUGGAUAAAACAGUAAUCGGUGAUUAUUUAGGAGAGCGGGAUGAACGGAUGCUCAAAGUCAUGCAUGCGUACGUAGACUCUUUGGAUUUUACGGGUUUAACCUUGGACGACGCCAUUCGUAAGUUUUUGGAGGGAUUCCGUCUACCGGGCGAGUCUCAGAAAAUUGAUCGACUUAUGGAAAAAUUUGCGGAACGCUACCACAAACUCAACCCAACGAUCUAUAAGAGCGCGGACACGGCGUACGUGCUCGCAUUUUCGAUUAUCAUGCUGAAUACCGAUGCACACAACCCUCAGGUGAAGAACAAGAUGACCAAGGAAGGCUUCAUUCGUAAUAACCGCGGCAUUGACGAUGGACAGGACCUACCGAACAAGGUGCUGGAGGAUCUGUACGAUCGAAUCGUGAACAAUGAAAUCAAGCUCAAAGAGACCGUCGAAGAUACAUCUAUCACGGCUGCCGAAAAGAAGGACAAGCAUAACUUUUCUGCUCGUCUCGGGAUGGAUGUUCUCUUCUCUCUGAUGUCGGGCAAGAGAGGUGAGGAGACGUUGCACAUCGACACCGCGGAUCUCAUCAGCCAAGUUCGCGAUCGCGCGGCUAAAACGAAGGGUUUUCUAACGGUUACCGAGGUGGAAUGCGCGAAGCCGAUGCUCGAGCUGAUUUGGAAUCCGAUUUUGUCCGUUCUCAGCGCGGCAUUUGAAGAUAGCGAGAGCGUUUCUGUGGUGUCGACGUGUUUGGACUGCUUCCGUUGUAUGGUCAGUUUCACGGCCUCAGUUGGAAUGAUGGAAACGCGCGAUAUCUUCAUCAGCACGCUCACAAAGUUCACGAGCUUGCACAUUCCGCACAAGAUGCGCUCAAAGAACGUAGUAGCGGUGAAGACACUCGUUGGAGUGGCGAUUGAGAACGGGAACGAUCUCGGAACCGCGAUGUGGACCAAAGUCAUGGCGUGCGUGAGCAGGUACGAGCAUCUGUACGCACUUGCGAAUGGGUUCAACGACAGUUCGUUGUUCAUGGAUUCCGGUUUCGCUGGGGAAGAGAACGAGAACGUGCAGACGCGUCCUAGAUUGUUCAGACGCUCGUCGAUGAAGCGAAGUAACGUGGGACAGGGGCCACCUACGGACGAAGCAGGAGUGCUCACGGAGUCAGCUCAAGUCAUGGCGCAAGCGCUCGAGGUGAAACUGAACGGGGGUGAUGAUAUGCAUCCGCCUGAUCCCGCCGUUCUCGCGCCGCUACAUCCCGAUGAACUCGCACAUUUGUUUCACGUGAGCGUGAACUUGAGCGGCGACGCAAUUGUCGAUUUCGUCCGGAGCCUAUGUGAACUCGCCAUUGAGGAGGUAUCCGCAAAGCACCCGCGCGCUUACGCACUCACAAAAAUCGUUGAGGUGGCGUCGUUCAAUAUGGAUCGCAUUCGUUUCAUUUGGGCGCGAGUUUGGCAUGUGCUGAGUGACUUUUUUGUCACUGUUGGAUGCUCCCCGAAUUUGCAAAUUUCCAUGACGGUGGUAGAUUCUCUUCGCCAGUUGGCGAUGAAAUUUUUGAGUCGCACAGAGCUCGCUAAUUAUUCCUUUCAGAAUGAAUUCUUACGUCCAUUUGUGGUGGUGAUGCGUCAGUCUCCGGCUGUAGAAAUCAGGGAACUCAUUAUCCGGUGUGUUUCACAGAUGGUGCAAGCGCGCGUGUCACACAUCAAGUCUGGUUGGAAAUCGAUGUUCAUGGUUUUUACGACAGCCGCCGCGGAUGAGGACGCGCAGGUGGUGUCUUUAGCAUUCCAAACUAUCGAAAGAAUCAUUCGUGAGCACUUUCAUUACAUCAUCGAGUCGGAUGCAGUGGCGUUCACUGACUGCGUGAACUGUCUGGUUGCUUUCACCAACUCUGAAGUGGGUUCCGAGGUUUGCCUCAACGCUCUCGCAUUCUUACGAUUCUGUGCUCUAAAGCUCGCAGAGGGGGCGCUCGGGGACCUCGAAGAGACAGUUGCUUCAGAGAAACAGCUCAUAUCGGAUGGAGUGGUGGAGAUCACGCCGACAAAGUCGACAAAGGCGACGACGUGCUUCACUGACGCGGAUGCGCACACGCACUUUUGGUUUCCCUUGCUCGCCGGUCUCUCCGAGCUGACGUUUGAUCCGCGUACCGAGAUUAGGACGUCUGCGCUGGAGGUCCUGUUCGAUACGCUCAAAUUCCACGGGAGCUCGUUCGCCCCCGGUUUCUGGGCGCGAGUGUACAGUAGAAUCUUGUUCCCGAUUUUCGAUCACGUUCGAGCAGACAUCGUCCCGCAAGUGACAGAUGGAGAUGACGAUUACCAGGUCGCGACAGAGGACAUCGAUUCCUGGUUGUUCGGUACGUGUGCGCGAUGCUUGGAACUCGUGGUGGACCUGGCGGUUCAAUUUCAUGAACCCAUCGUUGAAGCUGGGAUUCUUCCGUGCUUGCUCAACCUCCUGUGCAGUCUCGCCGAGCGCGAGCAUGAACAGCUCGCCGCGUGCGGUGUCGUCGCCUUCAAGCGUCUUCUUAUCAGCGGUGCACCAUUGAUGAAAGAACGCGAGUGGCAUCAGUGUAUGGAAGCGCUGAAGAAAGCUUUCGACGCGACGGAUCCCGAGUUUGAAUUAUUUUUGCACGGCGAGCAAGAUCCGGCGCUCUCUCGCGCGGCGCUCACGCGCGUCAAAACUCAAAUUCUUUUGGUAUCUGCGGCGCACGAUCUGUGCACCGAAGGGACAGUCACGCGGCAGAAUUUCAACGUGGACACACUUUUCGUGCUUUUGGACGUGCUCGAGAGCGUGUACGACAAGGCGUCCGACGCGUCGCGAUCGCUCAGGGCUCUCGACGUAGAAGUCUCGACUUCAACAGAGGAGGCAAAGGCUUUGGUUCUGACGGUCGAAGUGAGCGCCGCGUCGCUAACGCUUCGAACGCUUUCGACGCUACAGUCCGAUGGUGACAGUCUUCGGACGGAUCAACUCGCUCGCAUAGUGAUCGCGGCACUUGAAUCGUACUCGCGUCUGGACAUAGAGGGAGGCGGUGAUCUUCGUGAGUGUGCGCGCAUGUACGCCCACGUGUGCGUCGAGGCGCUCGACGCCGUCCGGGCUCUCGACGCGACCAACUUUACGAAGAACAUGCCGAAGUUGUACCCGCUUCUCAUCGCCCUCGUUAGAGUCGAGGAGAAACCAAAGGAACUCUCCAAUGCGCUCUGCGAUGUCUUCUCUGAACACGUAGGUCCACGUCUCGAAGCGAAUCCAACACGAGCGAGCGCGACGCCUGUAGACGUAGAUGCUUAA